UAGAUGUAAGACACAGUUUCUCCAUCGGUAUUCGUCAACUGAAGCGACUGUUAAGAAGAAUGAAUUUACGUCGUCGUGGUGCUUCAAAUAUCCAAGUGGUCCGGCGAGCAGUACAGGAAGAACUAAAUGGCAGUGGUGCCUAUCUCGGAUGUAGGUCAAUGCGGUCGCGGCUGCAGUCGUCGUAUGGCCUAUCAGUACCAAGAGAUACAGUCCUCCAGCUUCAGCGUGAGUUAGACCCAGAAGGUGUGGAGAUGAGAUCUCGCCAUCGACUAUCAAGGCGUGUCUACACUAACAAAGGACCCAAUUAUCUCGUCCAUAUCGACGGCUAUGAUAAAUUAAAACCAUUUGGUUUUGCAAUUCACGGAGCCAUAUGCGGAUUCUCCAGGAGAAUAUUGUGGCUGGAAGUGUCUAACACGAACAACAAUCCAUACGUUGUUGCCUCUUACUUCUGA